AAGAGAUCUGUGUGCUGGCGAGGCGCAGGCUUCCCGGUGACUCCCAAGGUAACUUGCCAGGGCUCCGAGCGGCGCCGGGGGUGCUGCGGCAUGGAGCUGAUGGUGCUGCUCAAUGCCCUGGUCACUCGGCUGCUGUUCGUGCUGCACUCACUCAUCGGGGUUUGGAGAGUGACUGCCGUGAAGAAGGAACCCAAGUACUGGCUGCUGGCACUGCUCAAUCUUCUCCUGUGCCUGGAGACAGGGCUUACCCUCAAGUUUAAGCAAGGCAGAGGCUACAAAUGGUUUUCACCAGCUAUAUUUUUAUAUCUGAUUUGCAUAGUACCAUCACUAUGGCUACUAGAAAUUCAUCAUGGGACUCAGUACUGUGGCAAUGAGCCUGGGGCAGUUCAGGUGAAUGUCAGCAAUCAAGACUUCAAUCAAUCCAGAGACAGCAGUCAUGGAAAUGAGGGAACAGAUCACCACAUCAUUCAGACGGCUAAAGUCUUUGUCAAUCAGCUCUCCACAAUCUGUGAGACUGUAUGGACACUGGCCCUGCACCAGACUUUUCUACUGCUACUAGUAGUUGGGAGAUGGCUUCUUCCCAUUGGGGUUGAAAUCACCCGGGACCAAUUGUCUCAGCUACUUCUCAUGUUUGUGGGAACAGCAGCAGAUAUACUUGAAUUUGCUAGUGAAACCUUGGACAUUGAGGAUGUUCGGAAGAAUUAUGCUCUCAUAAAUGCAAUUCUUGCUGUAUGGACCUGGAGUAUGUUGCAGUUUCCACUUGAUCUUGCAGUACAGCAUAUUGGCUGCAAACAAAGUGCAUCAGCCAGGCGGAUCCCCAGCCUGCUGCUAUGCAGGUACAGUGCGGAACUCUGGAACAUUGGGGUCAGCCUUUUCAUACAGGACGGUCCCUUCUUCAUUGUGCGUUCAAUUCUGAUGGGUCACUUCAGAAUAUUCAAUCAGAUGCUGGUAUUUUUCACAGCUAAGAAUAUCUUAGUUGUGACUCUACAGUUGUAUCGGCUGGCAGUGAUAACAUUAGACUUCCGUGCUACCGUUCUGCAGAAGAGCAGGAAAGGAGAAGUCUGUUGCUGCCCAUGUGAGCCUUAUGAAGCUCGUGCUCAUGCUACUGGUCACCAAGAGAAUGAAAUGAAAGAAUUUGUUGCUUUUCCUCCAAAACAGGAAUCCCAAGCUCCACCAGAAGAUCACUGAGCAGUUACUGACUUGGAAACAGUUGCAUUCUCCACAGCUUCUUCAGAAGGGCUUUGCCUAUUUCUGUGAUCAAAUACAUCUUGAGUGCCUAAGUCAUGUUUUCCAUCAAGACAACACUAGCUUCUUCUAAAUUAUAGGGGAACUUUCUCAAGCAAAUUCAUAGAAAUGAGACUUUUUAAAAAUACAUUUAUAUGAUGGGUUUUGACUAGUUCCAUAUUAUAUUAUUUACAGGGAUUUUGUAGCCAUAGUUUGUAGUAUCAAGAAAGGUUGGGAGCACUAACAAGAUUGGUUAUUACUGUUGGUGGCACUGUGCUGACCUAUGUACUUGCAUGUAUUCAAGUAGAAAGACAAGCCAGUCCUUUAUAGGAUGCACAAAAGCAUUGACCUCUACUAGAAUGGCAGGGCUACAACUGCAGUGUGAUGAACAAUAUGUUCACCAUGUACAGGAGGAACUUCAGCAGAAUCAAUUGUGCAGGCCUGUCAGUGCUGUUACUGUGACAUUGUUCAUUCCAGAAAUUUAAGGAAACCUUCUUCAGAUGUUACCUCAUCUUUGGUGGGAUUCAGUUAAGAAUUAUGUAACACCAUGAAACUGUAUACAAAAGACUCUUUUGACCUGCCUGGUCUGAAUAACCUAAAUCUUAACAAAAAGGGAAAAGCAGUCCUCCAGAUCACUAGAAGACAACUGUGUUUGCUACAGGCACUUUCUACAGUUGCUUGCCUUUCUAUUUCUACCAGUUGGAACAUACACGCACAGAACACACAUGGACAAAACCUCACCAAAAUAUUUAUAAAUACAUUUUUCCUCUUGAUUUUACAGUUCCGUUCUUAGAGUUGAGGCAGUUUUUAAAAUGUCUCCAUUUUGUAUGGUUUUUAAAAGUGGCCUGACCUAGACAUAGAAUCUCUCUAGAAAGAUGCAUUGCUGCUCAAGGCAAUCUAAGCCGAAGGAUUCAGGUGUGCACUUCAUAUUUCAUGAAGUGCCACAAGGUCCCAUGAAAUAACCUGAGAGAUUGUAUGGUCGGGUGAGUGUCAAGGUCCAUUUUUAAGAAAUGGUUAAUAAUUAAUACUUUACUACUUUCACAUUUGGAGUAAAUAAUAUAGGCCCCAAUUUCAGGAGCACACUUGAGAUCAGUGUAAGAUCAUCGACUUUGCUGGACUUAGCUCAGAGAAGCUGAAAGUAAGAUAAGUGAUUUUUGAAAGUCUGCCUAAAAAUUACAUUCUCACAGAAAAUGGCAGGUGCUUUUACAGAUUUCUGCAUCCAUUUUGAAAGAGAGUGGAAAAGCAUAUAGAGUGACAUAAUUAAGGUAAUUUCCCUUAUUAAAAACACCAAAUUAAACUUUAUUUUCUAAAGUCUCAGCUAUCUGAAAACCAGAGUCUGUUUUCAGGAAUGAAUGAAAGUGUUUCUACCAUCACAUAAAGUAGUCAUAUACUUAUUUAUCCACAGCCUGGUAAGCAAUGACACAUUCAUUCUUUGAAAGAUGACCCUGUUCAAAAAGUCCAAACACCAAAGAUGUGAAUAUGUGUUUGUACUUGUGAGUUCUUACUGUUCUAUGCAGGAUAAGACCUUCCAUUAUGAAAGAAGAAAAUGCACAGCCAUAAGGAAGUAUCAUAUGCUUCAUAGCCCUGUCUACCAUUUAUACAGUAGUAAUAAUGUGCAACAACUCCUUCUCUCCAUAUUUUCAGCCUUUUUUCCAGCAACAGUUUUAAAAAGCCAGUCACUACUUGCCAUGGUGUUGUGAGGUAGACAUAUGGAGAAUGGAAUGCAACUUCAUUUAGGAUUUUAAUUCAAAUCUAGAGGUAAAAAAGUGAUAGUUCUGAUGAUGAGCUGUGCUGUCUAAAACCUUUCACACUGGGAUGAAUUUAGAAUCGCUUGGUAGAACCACAACACAGAUCUUCCUUGUGGAUGCAAGCCAGAACUACUUGUAUUCAUUUUGAGUUUACCACUUGUUCAUAUAAAUCAAGUUAAAAGGAUCACUGUUAAUUAAUUUGGAGUGUACUGAGAUUUCUAGAACAUCAUUCUGAAUUCAUCAGCAUAAAAAUUCCAAGGAUGUACUUUUUUAAAACUUGAUACUCGUUCAGCAACAAGCUGCCCAUUAGACUCAGCCUGCAGUAAAUGCAAGAUCCCCUGGGGUCAGCAGUACAGACUGGUUACAGCAGGAAUAUUUCACAGCAAACUCUAUUUCCUGGUCUUCAGGCAAUUCAAUUUUAAACAGCAGUAAAGCUUCUUAUCACAUUUAUGGUGAUAAGAACUCACUCCAGUGUUAGGUGGUCAAGAUCCCAUCCUCAUUCACUCACAGACAAAAUAGGCCAGAUCCUCUUCACAUUUACAAUACAGUAGAUUUGGACUUCCCUUUUCCUCCCCACUAUUGCAGUGAUGGCAAUCAGAUUGCUUAAAACCAAAGGAAAAUCCUGACUAACAAAGGAGUAGUAUAAAUUCCAGUAGUAUAAAUAUUAGCAAUAGUAUAAACAUUGGGUACAGAGAGGAAUCACAUAUACCAGGUAGCAGCAGGAGUGACAUGCAGCUCCCCCUGCUUCACUGAGAAGCCUGGAAAUGGCAAUUAAGAAGUCUAGUAAUUUGCAUGUUUUAGUCAGAACAGCAAGCCCCAGUUGCAAGCCCUCCUCAGUUUCCUGUUGCAAAUGUUUGGAGCAGGACUGCAGCUUUGUGUUUUGCAGCAGGCUGUUGGAGGCAGUUGAAGCAGCAGCUGGCUGUGGGAAGCCCUGGUGCCACCCCACAGCCUUCCAGAGCUCUGCACUAAGCAAGGGGUAGAAUGGACUUGCUUGAAGAUCUGCCAGCAUCUGUGGUGUACUCAAAGAUGUCAUGCUUGAUUUGCAGGAAAAGCUGCAGUAAACCUUCAGAUGGGGAGAAGUCAAGCCUCCAAAAUGCAAGAAUUUCAGAACAGUUAUCUUAACCAUUAUUUACUCAAGUCAGGAGAACACAUCACUAAAUCUGUUCUGCCAAUAGGUAUCAGACCAUUUACUGUUUUUUAUUCUGGUUGUUCCUGCCUUAUCCUUCUAAAUUAUUCCAUCUUAAACCUAACUAAGACGUUUUACCACUUGUCUUUUUUCUGAGCUGAAAUGUAUUCAUCCUUUCUUCUGGACAUUGGCUCAAAUAAGAGCAUAGCCCUAAGCAGGAAAAACAACAAGUAACAGUGACGAUUUUAUUGCAUUCCUGUUGGUAUUUGUACUGUACUAUGUUCUCUGUGACUAUGUGGAAAUGGAAGAAAAUGUGCAAUUACUUUUAAAAAAUUCAACAGCAUUUUGCAAAUAAAAGGCAGUUACCUCAUGCAUAGCUGCCAAUUUAUUAUGUGA